AUGAGCACACUACUAAAAGCCAGCGCACGCCAAGUGGCCGUUAUUGCUCCUCGUUUUAUUGCUAGCAGCACUCAGGCACCUGAAAGGACAAGUGUGAAGACGUCUGGUGAUCCACACAAGUCUUUUUAUCAUCAAGACUUGGUAGUGACCCAAGCGACCGGCAAUGAACUUCAUGCAAAGCCGGGACCGAACGAAAAUCUAAAAUUUGGGCAUCAAUACGCUGAUCACAUGUCCUUUGCUGAUUGGAACGAAGAAGAUGGUUGGACACGUCCACAAAUCACACCACUCAGGAAUAUCAGCAUUCAUCCUGGAGCAAAAGUUCUUCACUAUGCCAGCGAAUUAUUCGAAGGAAUGAAAGCAUAUCGAGGUGUGGAUAAUAAAAUUCGACUUUUCCGUCCUGACAUGAACAUGGCUCGUAUGAGGAGAACGGCACGUCGAGCAGCUCUUCCUGAUUUUGAUGCAGAAGAGUUGAUAAAGAUUAUUUCCGAACAAGUUUCCAUCGAUCAGGAGUGGGUCCCAUACUCGACUACUUCUUCACUCUACAUUAGGCCUACUCUCAUCGGAACUGACCCCACUCUUGGUGUUGGCUUCCCAGUUAGUGCGAAACUCUUCGUCCUUACGGGACCUGUUGGUCAGUACUAUGCAACCGGAUUCCAACCGAUUCGUCUUCUGGCAGAUUCCCAAUAUAUUAGAGCGUUCCCUGGAGGUGUUGGAGCGUAUAAAAUGGGAUGCAAUUAUGCGCCUACAAUAUGGGUAGGAAAGGAAGCUGCUGCUAAGAAUUGCCAACAGGUGCUCUGGCUUUAUGGUGAUCGAGAAGAGAUCACAGAAGUUGGAACUAUGAACAUCUUUGUGUUCUGGAAAAAUGAGCAAGGAGAUAUGGAACUUAUCACACCACCAUUGGACAGAGGUGUCAUUCUUCCUGGUGUAACACGUGACUCACUUUUACAGUUGGCCAGGGAAUGGGGGGAGUUCAAGGUUACUGAAAAGGACUUCUCAAUUCAUGAUAUCAAAAAGGCAUUGGAUGAAGGAAGGCUAAAGGAGAUGUUUGGAGCUGGAACCGCUUGUGUUGUAUCCCCUGUUGGACAAAUACUCUACAAUAACCGUGCGAAAGGUGGAUAUGAAACAUGGGAAAUUCCAACGAUGAAGAGUUCACCAAAUCUCAUGCAACGGUUUUAUGAGACGAUCAUCGAUAUCCAGUAUGGACGAAUCCAACACCCAACAUGGACACGAACGAUUUAA